CAUCCUUUCCCGCUUCUAGUCCUGGCCUCCUCGAUAAGCAGUUCACGCACGCAUGUUUCCCCCCUUCUUCUCUUUUUCCCUUUUUCUCUUUGCUUCAGUCCACUGCUUUAUCCAUUCACCACAACUUUACCCGAAGGGAAACCACAUUUGAUAAAGAAGCUUGCUGAUGUAAAAUGUCAAAGGGUAAGAAAUUUCUUUUUAAUCUUUUCAAUUAAUCCAUCCUUUGUUUCUCUGUUUUGCGUGUCACUUGCCAUUGAUACUUAGUUACUUCUACGGUUUCUGGCUGCACUUUCACGUUUUUUUCUUUUGCUAUUCUUCAUAAAUAAGGGUGUAAAGAAGGGUUCAUUGAAAGAGGUGAAUGCUGGGAUUUCGGUGUUGGAGGACCAGAUAUCACAGUAGAUCUGCUAAAGGAAUUGCUUCUGGUUUUCAUUAGCUGUUUCGGAAUGGAGAGUUGAAGCAUUGUUUUAUUUUGGAUGGUAAGCGUCGGAGGGAAAGAGCAGCGAAGUGAAGAGAAAGUAGGAGAGGUGGUAGUUCCAGAUGAUGAACAGAGCUCCGGGGAGCGAUCGUAAAGGGCGGUGGCAUUUGUAAUUUCCUCACAUGGAAUGGCAGAUCUUGUUAGCUACGAUAUUGCAACACAUGAAAUCUAGUGGGAAUGAACAUUCAAUGCCGUUCCAAGUAAUAUCAAGGGCAAUGGAGACUGUUAUCAAUCGACAUGGUCUUGAUCUGGAGGCUUUAAAAUCAUCCUGGCUUCCUACUAUCGGGUCUCAAGGAAUGGAUUCUACAUCUGGACAAUAUUUUGGCAAAUUGUUGUUAAUUAAACUUCCUUUAGCUUGUCAUGGAAAAUUAUUACAUAUGUGA